AGGACCAUGCUGAACGUGCUGCUGCUGUGCUAUGGGCUGCUGCAAGGAAUCCAGGCCAUCCUCGCGUCCGACCUCGGCCGCAGCCACGCGCAGGAGAUGAGCGCCGGGCUGGGGGGCGCAGACCGAGGCCGCUACCCCGGCCUGCUGCGUAAAGCCAAGGAGGUGGCUGUGGAGCCCGCGGGAGCUCUGCCCAGGCCUGACUUCGAUCAGAUGGCCUUGGAGGUCCAGGAAGCCGAUGGAAACCUCGAGCAGAAAGGUGGUGUGCUGGAACCACAGGCGCUCUCCACCGCGCUGGAAGCGCCGGGCCGGGAGGAGCGCUCGCCGCGCCGCUGCGUCCGGCUCCUGGAGUCGUGCCUGGGCCACCAGGUGCCCUGCUGCGACCCCUGCGCCACCUGCUACUGCCGCUUCUUCAACGCCUUCUGCUACUGCCGCAAAAUCAGCACCGCUUUCCCGUGUGGAAAGAACUAG